AGAAAACCGUUACAUCUUUAAACAUGUCUGGACAAUAACAAAUACUCCAUUAAUCCUGCAUUCAGAAUUUUAUUCAAGUAAAAGUACAUCGGUGCCAGAGCUAAUGAGAAAGAGUCUUAAAAGCUUGGAUUAAAUACAUGUUCACAACAAGCUGAAACAAGUAAAAGUUGACUUUGCUUAAUUUGAAGUCAAACAGUGAGUGUCCUGAAGAGUGAAAAAUGCCCCUGCUACCUCAAACCUGCUUGUACUGCAGCAGAUUCACCAGUGAACACAUAGAUCAGUGUCUUUGCCUGGCACAUUCAUACUUUUGUUCUCAAAGUUAGAGACUUAGUGACACAGUGUCAUCAGUACAGAAAUGUCUAUUGUGUACACAGUUCUGGACUUUUUAGAAUUUAAAAGCAGUUGCUUAAUCCCACUUUUCUGUGCCUAUGACAGUGUCAACCUUUGUGGACUGUAAAAGCUGAUUAUUAACUAAAAUAAAUGUAGUGAAAUAAAUACACAAAAGGUGGAACAUUUCCCUUUGAGAUGUAGCAGAGUCAAAGUAUGAAGUAGUAUAAAAUGGAAAUACUGAAAUUCCACCUGUUCUUAAAUACAGAAUUUGAGGAAAUGUGCACUUAUACCCUCUCUCUUUCUGCCAUCCUGUUUGACAAUAGAUGUGUGUAUAUGAGAGGCUAAGAGAGAGAGAGCAUUUAUUUGUCUGUGUCUUUGCAUUUGCCUGUGUUAGUUUGUAUCCACAGUGUUUUGGAAUCCAUUUGUCAUUUCUUACACAUUCUGCCUUUGAUCUGAAUCCAAGGUCUUCGAGCUUAACAUGACUUUGUGAUGCUUCUACUUCCUUGUGUGUGUGUGUGUGUGUGUGUGUGUGUGUGUGUGUGUGUGCGUAAAGAGACCGAGGGAUGGAUGCUGGGGGUAGAGUGUGGAGAGAUGUGGGAGAGUAAGGGGAAGACAGAGCCUGUGUUAUAUUUUUAGCUCCACAGCCCCACAUUUGUGUUUAAUCGAGUGCAUGGAUGUGCACGUGAGAGUGUGUGUGUUUGGAUUAUUGUCUCCAGCAUCUUGCUCAGGGGAAGGACCAGAAGAAGAAGUACAAAGCAGUGCAGUCUUCUGAGGAGAGGGGCUCUAGGGGGGGCUAUCUUGAGCCGCUAGUGGCCCUGGCCCAGAACGGAGCAAGCAUGCACAAUGUACUGGGACCUGCAUGCAUCUUUCUACGCAAGGGCUUCGCUGAGAGCCGGCAGGCUGACCGGGAGCUGAGGCCAGAAGAAAUGGAUGAGCUGCGUGAGGCGUUCAAGGAGUUUGACAAAGACAAAGAUGGGUUUAUCGGCUGUAAAGACCUGGGGAACUGCAUGAGAACUAUGGGCUACAUGCCAACAGAGAUGGAGCUAAUAGAACUGAGCCAGCAGAUCAACAUGAAUUUGGGAGGACAUGUUGACUUUGAGGACUUUGUUGAACUCAUGGGGCCCAAGCUUCUGGCUGAAACAGCAGACAUGAUUGGGGUGAAAGAACUGAGGGAUGCAUUCAAGGAGUUUGACACAAACGGUGAUGGCCAGAUCAGUACAGCAGAACUUAGAGAAGCAAUGAAGAAGCUUUUGGGACAACAGGUUGGACACAGAGAUCUGGAGGAUAUCUUACGAGACAUUGACCUCAAUGGAGAUGGACAUGUAGACUUUGAAGAAUUUGUGCGGAUGAUGUCUCGAUGAGUUGGACACAAAGAGCCAAGAUGUUAGAGCCGAAGAUUCUGUGUUGGUAUGAGAGGAACAGGGGAGAGACCAGCACAGAGUACUGACAGACCUUCUGAAUGAGAGAACACAUACAUAUCAACCCUGCCCUGAAACUGCCACUCUGAAACACAAAGGCUGGCGACUAUAGCCAGAAGCAACACUGUUGAUUAUAUGCUGCUGCUUUUUUUUUAAAAGCAUAAACAAAACUAACAGCUGCAUUUCUAAUGUUUACAAGACAUAUUUGAAAAAGCACGCUCUCCUUCAGUAAGGAUAAUACUCGAAAUGCCGAUGUGGUUGUUGACCAUCUGGGUAAAGUGUAAUGUGAUGCUUGAGUUAUUUUGCUCAAACACUGUACUAUGCCAUCAAAGACCCAAUAAAUACAACACAAUCCUUUCUAAUGCCGAUGACAUUGAAAGCACAAAUACAAUACGGCAAUAUGGAAAUACUGUAUUUCACAUGAUCUUGUCAAAGCAGUGUGUUUGUGUUUUGUGCAUACUGUUGUUUCUCGCCACCCUAUACUGUAGAGUUAUCUCCCUUGAGACUACUGUCAAACCCUGGCUGAGGCAAAGCAGUAUUUGUUUUGUAAUCACGUGUAAUGUAGCACUGAUGCAGCUCUUCUAACUUCAAUAAUAUUAUGCCUAUCGUACUGUGAUAUAUAUAUAUAUGUUGUUAUUAGUGUGAAUAAGAUGAAGAGACUCGUUCACCUUCAACAUUUCUUCAAGGCAAUAUUUUCUAGGUACAGCGAGUUGCUAAUCUUGACUACAACGAUAGGCCUUUUUACAGUAACUACAGUGUUUUACAAAUUCUGAAUAUGACUGCAUGAAUACUUAGAAUACACAAACCUCUUUGAGUUUAAUAGAUCAUCUAACUCAGUGGUAAAACUAUAGUUGAAAGGCAGAUUCUGUUAACACUUAAAAUUUUAUCUGAGAGCUUUGAUAAAUGUUCAUUGGGGUUUUGUGAGUCUACUUGUCUACAGAACAGUCCCGAGGUGAUUUAAACUUUGGUGCAACAUCAUCACUUUUAACUUUAAUACCUCAAUAUUAAUCAAACAAUCAACCUCAUCCAUAAACUGUCCCUAGCAUAAUCUCUAAUAGCAAUUUCUUUACCUUUUUGCCUUCAUUAUCAAUACUAGUAAAGAAGUAGUAUAUCCGCUUCUUUAUGAAAAAAGCCAAAGAAAGCUUAAACAAUAUUAUUUGAGUCUCAUUCAGUAAGUGUAUGUUUUUAGAAAUGUAAUCUCUUGGAUUACAAUUUCAAAAUCAUUGCUUGAAAGGCCCCUUGGUUUCUGGGGUAGUUAAAUUAUUAUUAGACUGCUUAUGAAGGGACAUGGGGUACUGUAUAUGCAUAAUAUACUGCAAAAUUAAGUUAUUCUACUAAAGGGACAUCUUACAUUGUAAUUUUACUUGUCUUAAAUGUGUGAAACUAUGCAUGCAAUUUGUAGCAGAAUAUAUAAAAGUAAAGGUUUUUAUUUUAACUUGAGAAUAGUGUGUGUAUGUGUGCAUUUCUUCGUGUAUUAAUAAUAGUGGGUGCAUGAGUGUGUCCAGACAGUCACAUUAUGGGGAUUCGGCUCCUGUGUGGUGACCAAAAACAUGAUCUUCACAAUGUUCUGUCCAUACAAAUGAAACCAUGUACAAAACAAUGCUCAAUAAAAAUUGAAACAUGCCUUGUAUAAAUGUUGUCCCUCUCACACACUGAUCCUCCUGUUGUAGAAAUAUGCUCCAAAGCUUAAUGUGGAGAGGUGCUGUCAAAGCCUCCUGUGCAGAGAUACUGGCUUCUAAAAGUUUUGAGCAGGAUUGAUCUUGCUAACCAAACAGAGAUGUU